UUGUUUUGUUUUCAUCACUCCACUUACACGUAUAUUUAAUGACUUAUAAAUACUACCGUUAAAUUUCGUUCAGUGGUUGUCUUGAACUCUACGGAGACAAACAAGAGGUAUCUCGACAAGAAUUGGGAACACCUCAUUUAUAUCAGACAGCUGGGUUACCGCCAUGUCUCUAGAGAGAGGAGCUAUUAAACUCGCUGAUUUCCCGGAAUUGUCAGCAGGCUAUGGAAACACGCAGUCAUCGGAAGAAACGUCUUAUUCCAGCCUGGAGUUUUUCCAGGUUGAAAAACUCAUGAAAAAAGUCAGGAAAUUUGUUCGAGAAAAGGGAAUCAUGGUCGAGGAUCAAUUCCAUGAAUACGACCCGCUUAGGACGGGGAAUGUCAGUGCCAGUGAUUUCAAAAAAGCUUUCAAGGAGGCAUUUCAGGAUCUUCUAGCCGAUGAACAAGUGGAAGAAAUUCUGAAUUUUUACCGCGAUCAUGAUAACUCCGACGUCUGCAACUGGUCAAAGUUCCUCCACGAUGCUGAAACUGCUGAGAUUUCUGCUCUACAUCAAGAUACUCUUACAGAUUCACACAAAGAAGCAGUGCUGAAGAGAGUGGCUCUCCUCAUGAAGGACAAAAUGAAUAUUUCCACUUUACUUCCCAGCUCUGCAUCUCAAUUACCCAACAGCAAUGGAGUGAACGAAUUCGACACAAAGGCAGAGGAAUUUUUUCAGCUCCUAAGUACCCUAACGAUCAAAGAGGAUUUAAAGAUUGUCAUGAAUAUGUAUACAGACGAAAUGGGCUUUAAAUACCAAGAACUUCUGCGCGAUUUACAGAAGGUAGAACACUACCAUGAAGAGACGGAGCGUUCUUCUAAGAGGAGUGAAAGUUCAAACCAGUCGCCAAGAGUUCUUAUUGAAAUUCCAGACGAUCAAGUGGUAGACUUCAAGCAGACCAAGCCUUUCGUCCGCCAACGUUGGAAGCGAUUUUCUAUUUCGUACGAAGCUUUAGUUUGGUCCGUGUUUCUGAUGAUGACAACGCUGUGUAUUGUAGAUCACUUUGUGUUCAAUGGUGAUGUGGUGCUUGGAAGGAGUGGAAAACUCCCUAAUCGCAUUUGGGGAACCAACAUAGGCGAGACUUUGACCAAUGUGGUGUGGGCUGUCACCGCUCGACUGAUCAUAACCUCUCAGAACUUGAUGUUCUAUACGAUGAUGUGGUGUUUGCCAAAUUUCAUUAGUGAGGUCGCUCCAAACUGGAUCAUCAUGGAUGGAAUUCGCGAGGUCCAUUCAAGGAUGCACACUUUUGCGGGGAUAUUCCUGAUUGCCGUUCCGUCCCUUGCCCAUGUUCUGGUAAUCUUUGUUCCUCCUCUGAUUGACGGAACUGAAUUGAAAUAUUAUCCACCCAGCACCUUCAACUAUAGCACGUUUCCGGAUCACUUAAACUGGACGAAGCCCUGGGAUCCAGCAGCUGUAGAAGGGUGGACUUUUAACGAUCACAAAGGAGUUCAUCUAACCUCAGACGAGAUCUACCGUUUUGUGCUGAUGAUCGUUCUUUUCUGCUUCUUCUUUCCCCUCAGCAGAUCCAACUACGCAAACCAAAGAAGCUACUCUUUGGCAAUGGCCCUGCAUGUCUUUGCCGGUAUCUGGUACGCUAUCGACAACAUUAGGAAGAUCACUCACGGACUGGCUCAUGUUACUAACCUUCCCAUACUCAUUAUCUGGUGUAUCGACAGGUUGGUCUCCAUUUACUUUUAUCGACGCCAUGAAGGUCACAUUGUUCGAAAAGAAGUCAUUGGUAAAGACUACGUCAUCCUGUAUGUCAAACUCGACAAAGAAGUGGAACAUACUGUCGGCGACGUUUAUUAUCUUCUGCACCAACCGAAAGGAAGCACCGGAAUACUGCCACAACGGUCUCAUCCCUUUACCACCUUUGCUAAUUUGUCAAAAGAUUCAACCUGGGACAUUGGUUUCGUGAUAUCGAUUAUGGAGGACUAUAACCAGCUUUGCCUCCCUUGGACAUAUUGGCUCGCCGACAGUACUGAAGAUACUGCUUUCCGUGCUUGGGGACCCUAUCGCUCAUCUGUCUCAAAGUUGUACAACCAGCUGGUGUCAAGCGUACCCUCGCCUUCCCACUACGUUCUGUUCGCAACCGGGUCUGGCUGUGGCUAUUUAUUGGAUGUCCUAAGCUGCCUAGCCCACAAAACAGAACCGCCUCAUAAAGGAAGUGAAAGCGGAGAAGAAAAGAGGAUCGAUAUCUUCUAUUCAGUCCGUUGUAAAGCGUUGUACCAUUUCCUGCGGAAACCUAUCAACGAACUCUUGGGAAAAAUCAAGGAGAAGAAUGUUGCUUCCAUAAAGUUCCGCUUUUAUUUGACCAGUCCAGAAGAGGACACGAGUGGAGAAAAUGCGGUCGAAAGCCACUUUCAGCUCAUUAAAGGUAGGAUAGAUUUUGAGAAAGCCCUGAAGUCUACAAAUAAGACGUCUUGCUGUUAUUUUGUGGGUAGGCCAGAAAUCGCCGAAAAUGUGGAGAAAAUUUGCAAGAAAAAAGGUGUAAGGUUGGUGAAGGAUUUCACGAACGGCAGAGGACAUCAGAAAGAUAGACAUUUAUUGAUAAAGUACCUUAAGAUGAGUUUCUGGGCUAUUUUCUUCACAAUUGCCUUUUGUGUUACCGCAAAUAUUGUUAUUGAUGUAAGAAGUAUGAAACGCUCGUUCCAGACUUAUUUAAAUACGACGAAAUAAUUCAAAACAGAAACCUUGUUCGUCGUUGAGACGACAGCAUUUUAGUUGCUCGAAAUAAUCUUAAAUGUAAGGGAUAGGCAACAGAAAUAACCUGUGUGCUCUUAAAGAUCAAUCGGCUGUAAACGUGGAGAAAAAAAAAAUAAACAUACAACAGUUUAAUAUUCCAAUAUUGCGUUUCGAUGGUAGACAGUUGUCGAUGUUGUCGGGUAGAUAACAUCUCUCAUUAGACCGUUCCAAACCUCAGUUGUUGAAUUGGAUCGAAUUUUCAUUUUUUUUUACUGCAUUAUGCUGUGCUAUUUUGAAAAUCAACUUUGACUCUUUUUGAAUGAUAGAAUUUUCUAGUUUAUUCAUUCAAGAACUGGUGUAUUUAAUUUCAUUAUUUAUUUGUUUGCGAUUUGAAAAUGUUAAUGCUCUGUUUUAGCUCAGACAAAGAAACUUUAAAAUGAAUCAUGGUUUCGAAUAGGAUAUCACUCUUAGAGUUGUUUAUUUUUAUAGUUUACAAGACAGCGUUCAUUAAGCAGACACCAGAUCCCUCGAUUUUUACGUUGAAUGAAGCAGGAAAAUUUGUUAGGGCUUACGGAACCUGAUUUCCCUCCAAUGAAAGUUUUCCAUUCAACUUCUUGUCUGCUUGAUGCAUGUUUCAACGAAAAAAAGAUAUUAUAGUCUAUUUUUUUAUCUCUAUUAAUAGUGUGAAUUUUUAGUAGAACCAUUUUGAAUUCUGAUUUCUCAUCAAACUAAGGUUUUUAUUUAACGUCUUAUCCGCGGCCGAUGCAUGUUUCAGCUAAAUAAGAAAUUGUACCUUUUUAUCUCUUUAGAUAGCAUGAACUCUAUGUGAAAGUGUUGAACCAAUUUAUAUUUUGUAGCUUACUGCAAGAGUAAAAUAAUUCUCUUGCUUACUGAUGUUAACUUGUAACACGAAUCUCACGUGUGAACAAUAAAGAUGUGCUCUUUCCUAACUUA